AUGGCAUCAUCCUUGCGCCCAGAAACAGCGGAUAAACUCGGUCUGAAAGGAAGGCCACUGAUAAUAGUCCUGACCAUUGCGUGUGGACUGGGUCAAUUCCUUCAUGGCUAUGACAACGGCGUCCUUGGUGGUCUGCUUACGGCACCCAGUUUCAUUGAUCAGUUCCACCUGAGUGCAGCACUGGAAGGCACAGUUACAGCUUUAUUUCAAGCUGGCUGCGCACUGGGCUGUUUCGCAACAAGCCUGCUGAGUGUGCGUUUUGGACGCCUGACGUUGACACAUACUGGCAGUCUUUGCAUCUGCGUUGGUGGAGCAUUGCAAGCUUCGAGCUUUACAAGUGGACAAUUGAUGGCUGGCCGCGUGAUCGCUGGUAUUGGUCUCGGAAUGAUUACAUCGUCGGUAUCUGUCUUGCAGUCCGAAACAGCUCCUGCGCGUAUCAGAGGCAGACUGAUUGCCAUGUCGCUUUCCUCCCUCCUUGUUGGACAACUGCUGGCUUACUGGUUGGAUUACGGCAUGAACGCAUACACCACCGACAUUUCCUGGCGCUUUCCAUUGUCGUUUCAAGCAGUGAUAGCGCUCAUAAUGAGUGGAUUGCUGUUGUUCAUGCCUGAAUGCAAGUCCAAUAUCCGUUCAUUGGCUCGAAAAGCUCUAACCUUCUCAGCGCCUCGGUGGCUGUGUCAACGCGGUCGUGAGGCUGAAGCCCUGAAAGUCAUCAUGCGUCUACGCAACAAGGAUCGUGACGACCCCGCAGUCAUACUUGAGGUGGCAGAAAUCCAGGCGGCUAUUGAGCUCGAUCGCCACCAAUCCGGCUGGCGUGACCUGGUGAGAAAGGACGCUGUGCAAACUCGGACUCGAGUUGCACUUGCAUGUAUGGUGAUGUCCAUGAAUCCUUUCAGCGGUAGUACAGCAAUCAGCUACUACACAACGGUCAUCUUUCAGAUUUCCAUAGGGAUGACCAGACAUACGGCUCUUCUCACAUCAGGUUUCUUACAACUAUGGUUCCUUUUCGCGUCUCUUGGGACCUGGAUCCUCAUCGAGUUCGCCGGAAGGCGGCGUAUGUUCAUGGUGAGUGCAGUUGGCAUGGCAAUCGCCAUGACGGUUCUUGCUGCUACGCUCGCAACAGGCUCUCAUGCAGCAAGUAUCGUGGCCGCUGCCAUGAUUUUCGUGUAUCAGGCCUUUUAUACCUGGGGUUGGAUGGCUGGAGUCUGGACGUAUACACCAGAACUGCUUCCCCUCAAAUAUCGUGCCAAAGGCAUGGGUCUAGCUUCGACAUGCGUAUAUGGUCUGACAUUCAUGAUUCUGGAGGUGGUCCCUAUCGCAAUCCAUAACAUUCAUUGGAAGGUGUUCAUCCUCUUCGCCGUCUUCAACGCUUGCUUCGUGCCGAUCACCUACUUUUUGUUACCGGAAACUGCGGGGCUCAGCUUAGAAGCGAUUGACCUAGUUUUUACAGAUCCAGAUACUUCCUCGGUCAAGAAGGCCAAGGCUCUGCGAAAGUCCGGCGAGGACAUGCAUCUUCGAGAGGUGCAUCUUGACGACGUCGAAAUCAUCUCAGCUACACCAGGCGUCAAAGGAGAUAAUUAA